GCUGCUUCUUCCUGCCUCUGAAACACAGAAACGAGAUGCUUUAUGUGAAUAAAAAAGCCUGAAUUUAAAUGCUAAUUAUGGUCGAAUAUAAUGUAGCCGUUAUGCAUUUGUAACAAAUUAUUAUCAGCUCCAGUAUGUUUUGUUUUGAUUUGAUGCAGGAUUGAAAGCCAACAGUGAUACAGCAUCUUCCCAGAGCACAGCAUCCAUCAGACCAAAAUGGCUGACAAGAGUGACCUAAAGGCUGAGCUGGAGCGCAAGAAGCAGCGUCUGGCUCAAAUCAGGGAGGAGAAAAAAAGAAAAGAGGAAGAGAAAAAGAAAAAAGAGUCAGAAACACAGCAGAAGAUUGAAGCUGCUCCUGAGGACUCAGAUUUGGACCGUAAACGCAGAGAGACUGAGGCACUGCUCCAGAGUAUUGGAAUCUCCCCUGAGCCACCGUUAGUCCCGGCACAAAUGUCUCCAUCAAAAUCGAUGAGCACUCCGAGUGAGACAGGAAGUCAGGACUCUGUGGAAGGGACAACUGUGGGAAGGACCCUGCAGUGGGACACUGACCCCUCUGUUCUCCAGCUGCAGGCUGAUUCUGAGCUCGGGCGCAGGCUGCACAGAUUGGGGGCGUCCAAGAUAAUCCAGGUGGAUUUUUUACCCAAAGAGGUGGUUUCCUACUCAAAAGAGACACAGACUCCUGUAGCAGCACAUCAGUCAGAAGAGGAUGAAGAGGAGGAUGAAGAUAAUACAGAGCCCAAAUCAGGCCUGGAGUCAGACCAGAAGGAGGAUGAGGAGAAUAAGGAUGCAAAAGAAGGCCACCCGCGGGAGCUGACGGAGGAGGAGAAGCAGCAGGUCCUGCACUCUGAGGAGUUUGUGAUCUUCUUUGACCGCAGUAUUCGUGUGAUGGAGCGAGCUCUUGCUGAAGAUUCCAACAUCUUUUUUGAUUACAGUGGCCGAGACCUCGAGGAUAAAGAAGGGGACCUGCAGGGAGGGUCAAUUCUGUCCUUUAAUCGUCUGUUCUAUGAUGAGCACUGGUCUAAGCACCGGGUCAUCACCUGUCUGGACUGGUCUCCUCAGUACCCAGAGCUGCUUGUGGCUUCUUAUAACAACAACGAGGAUGCUCCUCAUGAGCCAGAUGGUGUGGCUUUAGUGUGGAAUAUGAAAUUCAAAAAGACCACGCCUGAGUACAUCUACCACUGCCAGUCUCCUGUGGUGUCCGUGGGCUUUGCUCGUUUCCAUCCUAAUCUGCUGGUGGGUGGCACGUACUCAGGGCAAAUUGUCCUCUGGGACAACCGCAGCCAUAGGAGAACCCCAGUCCAGAGAACGCCACUCUCUGCAGCUGCACAUACUCAUCCAGUGUACUGCGUGAAUGUGGUGGGAACCCAGAAUGCCAACAACUUGAUCACGGUGUCCACAGAUGGCCGGAUGUGCUCCUGGAGCCUGGAUAUGCUCUCCCAGCCACAGGAGAGCAUGGAGCUGGUCUACAAUAAGUCAAAACCAGUAGCUGUGACUGGAAUGGCCUUUCCUGCUGGAGAUGUCAAUAACUUUGUGGUGGGCAGCGAAGAGGGGACUGUGUACACGGCUUCUAGACAUGGCAGUAAAGCUGGUAUCUGUGAGAUGUUCGAGGGCCAUCAGGGACCAGUGACUGGCAUCAGCUGUCAUAGUGCUGUGGGCCCAGUAGACUUCUCCCACCUCUUCGUCACCUCGUCUUUUGACUGGACUGUCAAACUCUGGAGCACGAAGCAAAACAAGCCGCUGUACUCCUUUGAGGACAAUGCUGACUAUGUGUACGAUGUCAUGUGGUCUCCAGUGCAUCCCGCACUAUUCGCUGCAGUGGACGGAAUGGGCCGUCUCGAUCUGUGGAACCUAAACAAUGACACCGAGGUACCCACAGCUAGCGUGACCAUCGAGGGUGCUCCUGCGCUCAACCGGGUGCGUUGGGCUUCAGGAGGGAAGGAGCUGGCUGUAGGAGACUCAGAGGGUCGGCUCUGGAUCUACGAUGUUGGAGAGCUGGCAUCAGCACACAGCGAGGACUGGACUCGCUUCGCCCGUACGCUGGUGGAGAUCCGUGCCAACCGAGCUGACGGUGAGGAGGAAGGCCCUGUGGAAUUGCCAUCGUAGAAAAGAACAGCCUCAGAGCUUCAGCGCAUCGCACUGAUACUGUCCCACAUCCAUGUUCAGCCCAACACCACUCCAUCAGCUGCUGUUCACAUCGGCUCGGUUCAUCAGUUUUAUUAUAGAAAACAUAGAUCAGUAUCACCUUUGCCAUUGUGUAAUUAUUUAUAGGCCUCACUCAGUGUCUGUUUCACACCAGUUCAAGGCCUGGCAUGGCCAAUUGAUGACUGAUGUGAAGUGGAAUAGUUCCUAUGCUGCUACAGUGGUUCUUAGUGAAGGCCAAAGAGGUUCCUUUGCACCCUGUGAUAUCUGCAAUGCUUCUGUUGUGUGUUGUAUGUGUGUAAUUUUUGUUUUUAUCUUCUGCAUGAAGUACAGUAAUGGAGUGGGUCUUAAGCAAUUGUCUGAACUGAAGUAAUUUAUAAUUCCUAAACAGGUAAUCUGUAAGAAAUAUUAUGUCAAGUGAUAACUGUGAUAGUUAUUUCACAUCCUGUCUCUCUCUCUCUCUCUCUCUCUCUCUCUCUCUCUUUCUUUCUCUCUCUCUCCCUCGCUCUCUCACUCUCUCUCUCUCUCUCUCUCUUUCUCUCUCUCUCUCUCCCUCGCUCUCUCUCGCUCUCUCUCUCUCACUCUUUCUCACACACACACACACACACACUCUCUCACACACAUUCUCUCACACACACACACUCUCUCACACACAAACACACACACACAGACAGACAGACAGACACACACACACACACACGCCUUUUGCUGAUGGAAAACUCAGAGCCUAAGUCUAAAUGUGGGAUAUGUGCUCAAUGAUUACAGGCAAUGUCAUGCCCCAAUGUCAUAAAAUAAAAUGUUACAUGCUUUCAA